AUGGAGGAAGUGAUGGAAGGGGUGAUGGAGGAGGUGAUGAAGGAGGUGAUGGAGGAAGUGAUAGUGGAGGUGAUGGAGGAGGGGAUGGAGGAAGUGAUGGAGGAGGUGAUGGAGGAGGGGAUGGAGGAGGUGAUGAAGGAGGUGAUGGAGGAAGUGAUGGAGGAGGGGAUGGAGGAGGUGAUGGAGGAAGUGUUGGAGGAAGUGAUGGAGGAGGUGUUGGAGGAAGUGAUGGAGGAGGUGCAGGAGGAGGUGAUGGAGGAGGUGAUGGAGGAAGUGUUGGAGGAAGUGAUGGAGGAGGGGAUGGAGGAGGUGGUGGAGGAGGUGUUGGAGGAGGUGAGGAUGGACUCGAUGAUGGCCGUGUAG